CUCUUGUUCAUCCGCAGCUCUUGUUCCUUGUUGAUCUCCCAAAUUACUCACUCACCCACACCCCCCCUGUCUCGUGUCCUGCGAAUCCUCCAUGGCCAUGGCGACCCAAGCUUCCCUCUUCACCCCGCCCAUCUCUUCCUCCACGCUCUCUUCUUUGAAGAACCAAUCCGCCCUGCCCUUCUCCUUCAAGCCCCUCAAUUUCACAGCCUCAACAGCCAGAUCAAGCACGGUGAUCAGGGCGGCGGAGGAGAAAACAGAGGCCGCCCCUGUAACCAAGGAGGCAGAAGCACCCGUGGGGUUCACCCCGCCGGAACUGGACCCCAACACUCCGUCUCCGAUCUUCGGAGGGAGCACGGGGGGGCUGCUGCGGAAGGCCCAGGUGGAGGAGUUCUACGUGAUCACAUGGGAUUCUCCGAAAGAACAGAUCUUUGAGAUGCCCACGGGCGGAGCGGCCAUCAUGAGGCAGGGUCCGAACCUGCUGAAGCUGGCCAGGAAGGAGCAGUGCUUGGCUCUGGGGACGAGGCUGAGGUCAAAGUACAAGAUCAAGUAUCAGUUCUACAGGGUGUUCCCUAACGGGGAGGUGCAGUAUCUGCACCCUAAGGACGGGGUGUACCCUGAGAAGGUCAACCCUGGACGCCAAGGAGUUGGCCAGAACUAUAGGUCUAUUGGCAAGAAUGUUAGCCCUAUCGAGGUCAAGUUCACUGGUAAGCAAGUCUAUGAUUUGUGAGCUCUGUUUUCACCAACAUCUCCGCGCUGCUUGGCUCUGUAAUUGUAUCUGUAUUUUGCUACUUUCUCCUGUCACAACCUUAUAUUGCAAUAUUAAUUUGUCUUAGCUCCUUCACCAA